CUCUGGGCACCGGCACCGCGCUCCGAGUUCCCUCCCUCGCUCUCUGGCGAAGGCAGCCCGAGCCCUCCCACUCUGUGCAGCCCGAGCUGCCGCGGCCGCCGCCAGUCCGGCCCUCGGCCGCCCGCGUCCCGCGCCCCCUCAGCCGUCCCCGUCCUCGCUCCGCCCUCCAGCAGCCCCGGCGGCCCGGCCCUCGUCCCUCGCCGGCCCGGACUCUCCUUCCACGCCGUUCGCCGGAGCUCGGCGCCCUGCUCGGGCCGCACCGCUCGCGGCCCGGAGCGCGGCCGAGUCUCCAGCUGGACCUCCAGGGCACCUAGCCUGUUCCUUCUGAGUCCCAAAUUGGAAGUUAACAGGACUCUCUACAGCCUGAGAGGGAAAUAAAAGGUGCCUUGGGCCUCUGAGAUCCAGCCCGGUUCAGGUGACGCCUUCCCUGGAAAAACACGGCCGUGCAUGAAAUGAAGCGUGUUCAUCAUGUCAUCUGUUUCAUUUGAUCUUGCUUUUGUUACUGUCCCGUGUACCCCAGCGUUCCAUCUGAAAAAUGCGUGCUCCUGGAGAAGGCUGGGCUGAGAUUUCCUACAGCAGAGAGUACUUUAAAAGAGGAAGAGUUCCCUGUAACUUGGGCCUGCCGUGUGUACAGCAUUCGUUCCUCUCUCAACUCUGCCUGCAGUUGAACACAAAGACCUGGGGGAGACUCCCACAUCCUUCGGGGAGGAGAAAGGAGGCGGCGGCAGAGCAGAUUAAAGGAACUUGGGGCUUGUGGCCUUCCCGAGCCGGGCCGCCCGCGAGGGCCGAGGGAAUUAAAGCCCCGGGCCGUGAGAUGAGGCUCUGCUGCCGCCGCCGCCGCCGCUGCUGACACUCAGGUUCCGGACCGUCCGCUGCCCUUUGUGCCGCACGCACAUGUGUCUGUUGGGCGCAUCCGGAGGCGCGCAGACGAGCAUCCACCACGGCCGCCGGGGAGAGAGCGCCCGCCAUGCCCACGGAGAGCCUACAGACAGGUAGCAUGGUGAAGCCGGUCAGCCCCGCCGGCACCUUCACGUCGGCCGUGCCGCUGCGCAUCCUCAACAAGGGGCCCGACUACUUUCGCCGGCAGGCCGAGCCCAACCCCAAGAGACUCAGCGCCGUGGAGCGGCUGGAGGCCGACAAGGCCAAGUAUGUCAAGAGCCAGGAGGUCAUCAACGCCAAGCAGGAGCCUGUGAAGCCGGCCGUGCUGGCCAAGCCCCCAGUGUGCCCGGCCGCCAAGCGCGCGCUCGGCAGCCCCACGCUCAAGGUGCUGGGCGGCGGCGCCAAGCCCGAGGGCGGCGCGCCGCGCGAGACGCUGAAGCUCGAGAUCCUCAAGAACAUCCUCAACAGCUCCGAGGGCUCGAGCGCGGGCUCGGCGCACAAGCACGGCGCGCGGAACUGGCCGGCCGCCCGGGCCGACGCGGCCGAGCUGCACCGGCACUCCUUCGCCGAGUCGCUGCGGCUCUGCCCGACGCCCGGCCGCGGCAGCCCGCAGGAGGGCGGCUCGCACGUGGGCCGGCGCCUGCUCGAGCCGGCCGCCGACGCCGUGCUGCACGUGUCGCACAGCUCCUCGGACAUCCGCAGGGUGGGCGGCAAGCCCCCGAGGGCCGUGGCCUGCAGCAGCUCGGCCCCGCCGCUGCCCCCCAAGCCCAAGGCCGCCGCCGCCGCCCCGGUGGCGCUCAAGUCGCCCGAGGCCGAGGCGGCAGAGCCGGCCUGCGGGGUCAGCCGAAGACCGUCGCUGCAGCGGUCCAAGUCGGACCUGAGCGAUCGGUACUUCCGGGUGGACGCCGACGUGGAGCGCUUCUUCAACUACUGCGGACUGGACCCCGAGGAGCUGGAGAACCUGGGCAUGGAGAACUUCGCCAGGGCCAACUCCGACAUCAUCUCCCUCAACUUCCGCAGCGCCAGCAUGAUCAGCUCGGACUGCGAACAGUCUCAGGACAGUAACAGUGACCUUAGAAACGAUGACAGUGCCAACGACCGGGUGCCCUACGGCAUCUCCGCGAUCGAGCGGAAUGCUCGGAUCAUCAAGUGGUUGUACAGCAUCAAACAAGCUAGAGAGUCACAGAAGGUCUCCCACGUGUAAGAGCGCGCGCGCACGGGGGGAGGGGGGUCUCGGUCCGUGCGUCCGCAGUUGUGAAGGUUGUGAGGUCUCCUUGAAGUGCUGUGAGCUUCUCCACUCUCUUUGUGUUGCUUGCUGUGCAAUGUCUUGCAAGUUGCAUGCCUGCCAACAUGGGGACCGACCUGGCGUCCACGGCAACCAUCGCUGCAGAGCCUGGCUGAACGCGAGUCAUCCACCCCGAGUUCCAGGCCAGAUUCUAAUUAGGGCUUCGAUCUUCAGCAAAACUGUUUACACGAAAACGGUAUACAACUUCUUCGAUAUUUAUGUGGUUCUUGUGUUUUUAUAUCCCGCGCUAUUGUGUCUUAAUUAAAAGUUUUAUCAACUGGCUUUUAAGUGGAGAGUAGUAUCUUUUUGAAAUAAAAAAAGCCAAUUUGCCUACACGUGAGAUGGAAGCAAUGGGAAAAUAAGUGGGAUCCGCCACCGGUCGGAUAUAGUGACUGAUCCCCAACCUGGCUGGGCCUGCUGAGAUAGAAAGCAGGGUGCUGGAUGUUAGGAAUUAGCGUAUUGAAGUCCUCUAGCCAUUUACUUAAGUAAGGGUUGGGGCAACAGUGCCACGUUCGUUUUGUGUCGAUUUGGUGUGUAAAUUGUUGGUGGUUCUGUGUAAUACUGACCCCAAGGAAAGACAAUCAGAUACAACGGAGGUGAUUAAAUCAGGAGGUUGGGUGUUUGGGGCGGAGAUAUUGAUGUUGUUCUGAUUUGGGUUGAUUCAGAAAUUUCUAUUAUUAAUCUUUUGACAGGAAUGGGCACCCUAGAGCUGAUGCUGACUGUCCAUUUUUUUUGGGGGGGGGUUUGGUCAAGAACCAAAUCCACUGAGUUGUCUUCCCACCCCCCCCCACCCCCCACCCUUUGCUGUUGUUUUAUCUGGGAGGGGAGUGGGGCUUGGGUGGUUUGGAACUUUCUCAAGACAUGAAUGCCAACGGAAAUCCCAGCCAUAUCAGUAGAGAGCCUCCUGCUAAAAAGCCAAUUACCUUUGGUAGCUGAACCAUAUCUGAGCAGCGUGACUGUCUCCUGCACGUGUGAGUCCAUCAGGCUGUGGACCUUUGCUUACGGCUGUAGAAACACACCCUGUGUAGUUUUUCCACCCAGUGGUCCCUAAUGCUACCUAUCAGCUUCUUCCCUGUCCUCCAGGUGGUCUAGUUAGCCAUACAUCAGCUGACAGUCCACGGAGCGGGGAGGUCCACCUGCGUGCGGUGCUUGGCUUCCUUGCUCUUGCAGCCACACUCCGGAGCUCUCUGCAGCACUGCCUUAGACUCCAUCAGCUACUAGGACACUUUUUAUGGUGUAAAUGCUGUAACACUUUGUACAUACGUCCAUUGUUCCGAAAUCUUUAAAACAAAAAAAAGGAAAAGUUACUCUAAUAAAUAGCUCUGGUGCAGGCACUAA